AGAUAACACGUGAUACAUGUCUGAUGCACACGUUGCGUGCAAAUAUAUAAGAUCCAAUACACACGAGGCAAGAUCAGAUGUUCAUAAUGUAUAGCAGCCGCCAGCCAGUGAUAUCGACAAAGUACGGCGAGCGGUUCAGAACCGCAGCGCGAGAUUCUGUGCUCGAAAAUAAUACUACACAACUUGUUAUUAACAGGUUAUUUGUGGCAGCAGAGUUUUGAUCAAGGACUCGAAGAAUGGCUGAUGUAGAGGCAAAUGGGCAAGAUGUUUCUGAAAAAUCAGGAUAUUACAGUGCAACCAAAGAUCGUCCAAACAAAAUUAUGGAGAAAUUUAAUACCAUUGUGGUUAAAACAUUAAACAAUAAAUUCUAUGAGACAUCAAUGAAAAAACACGAAAAAGAAGAGUCGAAUCUUGAUAAACGUUACAAUGUAAAACGUAUGAUAAUGACGUUAUUCUUGGGUCUCGUCAUGGCUUUAUUGUUGUUUCAUCUCGGUCUUCCAUUAUUAUACGCAAUUAUAAAUCCAUUACGUACUAUGAAUAGUUACAAUGCAGAAGUGGAAUUUAUGAUUGAUAUAAAUAAUGAUAGCAUUGAGGAGACAAGAUAUCAGCAUAUAUUAGUGGAUACUUCUGAUAUAUACAUCGAACAAGAAACAUAUAAUCGUAAAAUAGUGCCUUUGAAGGAAGAAAGUAACUUGUCUGAAGAAAACACAGCUUUUAACAAUGCUCAACAGUGCAGCAACGUUCCUGAAAUAUUACGCUUUGAUUGUCAUCCAGAGGAUGGAGCAUCGCAACUUUCUUGCAUAAAUAGAGGAUGUUGUUGGAAUCCUCGCGAGAAUAACAAAAAUGAGAAGGAUGUACCGCUAUAUAUUCCUUACUGUUACUAUCCCGAUGGAUGGAAUCUGUAUAAAUACGUUAACCGCAGUCAGGAUGGAAGUAAUUUCUUGGGUUUUCUCAGUCAAGAAAAAGAAUCUGUUUACAAGAAUAAUGUGCCCCUUGUCAAGGUCGAAGCCACAAGUAUAGACAGCUCAAUUCUGCGUGUGAAGAUAUAUGAUCCCUUUAAAACACGAUAUGAACCACCAUGGCCAAUUAGAUCGGAUUCGAAGCCAUUUUUAUAUCAAGUUGCUGACACGAAAUAUCAAUUUAAUAGCGAUGAUGUAAAACCUGGCUUUAAAGUCAAUAGAAUCAGUGAUGGCACAAUAUUAUUUAAUUCCAUUGGGAUUGGAGGUUUCAUAUUUGCUGACCAGUUUCUACAAAUAAGCUCAUUGUUACCAACAAGUAACAUUUAUGGCAUUGGCGAGCAUCAAUCGAGCUUAAAAUUAAAUACUAGUUGGCAAAUAUUCACUCUAUUUAAUAAAGAUCAACCGCCAACGGAAAAGGCAAGUCUGUAUGGAUCUCAUCCAUUUUAUAUUGUUAUGGAGGAAUCCGGAAUGGCUCAUGGAGUUUUAUUUUUAAACAGUAAUGCUAUGGAUGUGAUACUGCAGCCUACACCGGCUAUAACGUUUAGAACAAUCGGUGGUAUUUUUGAUAUUUACUUUUUCCUGGGACCGACUCCAGCCGAUGUAGUGAAACAAUAUUCUGAAAUUGUAGGCAAACCAUUUAUGCCACCCUAUUGGUCGCUUGGUUUCCAUUUAUGCAGAUAUGGAUAUGGAUCGCUGGAAAAUACUAAAGCAGUAUGGAGCAGAACGAGAACAGCUGGAAUCCCAUUUGAUACUCAAUGGAAUGAUCUGGAUUAUAUGGAUAAAAAUAAUGAUUUUACAUAUGAUAAAGAGAAAUUUAAAGAUUUGCCUAAGUUUGUAGAAGAAAUUCACUCGGCAGGAAUGCAUUAUAUACCUAUAAUUGAUGCCGGCAUAUCUGGUUCCGAUGAUAAUGGUUCUUAUCUGCCUUACGUCGAAGGAAUAAAACAAGACAUAUUCGUAAAAGACGGUGAAUCCGACAAACCUUUCAUCGGUAAAGUUUGGAAUUUUUUUUCCACGGUAUGGCCCGAUUUCACAAAUCCUAAAACUAUGGUCUAUUAUGCAAAUAUGAUGGGCGAUAUGCAUAAUAAUUUUGCGUACGAUGGUGCAUGGAUUGAUAUGAACGAACCAUCCAAUUUCUACAAUGGUCAUAAGAAUGGUUGUACACAUAAUAAUUUAGAUUAUCCCGAAUAUAUUCCCAAUGUUGGCGGUUUGCUCGCUACGAAAACUUUUUGCAUGAAUGCGAAACAUUAUUUGGGCACUCAUUAUAAUCUUCACAAUACUUAUGGAACAAGCCAAGCGAUUACCACAAAUUAUGCUCUUAGGAAAAUUAGACUAAAGAGACCAUUUAUAAUAUCGCGUUCGACAUGGGUAGGACAUGGUCAUUAUGCGGGUCAUUGGACGGGUGACAUUUAUUCAUCAUGGCAUGAUUUAAAGAUGAGUAUUCCAGCUAUUUUGUCACUCAAUUUUUAUCAAAUUCCAAUGGUGGGCGCAGAUAUUUGCGGUUUUAACGGAAACGCAACUACUGCAUUGUGCAAUCGUUGGAUGCAACUUGGUGCUUUUUAUCCAUUUUCUCGAAAUCAUAAUUCCGAUAGUACAAGUGAGCAAGAUCCAGUUGCUAUGGGCGAUUUGGUUGUACAAUCGUCAAAAAAUUCUCUCAAAAUACGUUAUCAAUUUUUACCAUAUUUGUACACCUUAUUCUUCAGAGCACAUAAAUUUGGGGAAACCGUGGCACGGCCACUUUUCUUUGAAUUUACUGAAGAUCGGCGAACUUACGACAUUGAUAAACAAUUUCUUUGGGGAAAUUCGCUUAUGAUCAACCCAGUUCUCGAAGAGAACAAAAUUGCGGUAACUGUUUAUGUGCCACGUGGUUUGUGGUAUGAUUAUUAUACCUUCAAUUCCUAUUUCUCCAUUGGAAAACAUUAUACCUUCCCUGCACCGAUUGACAAAAUACCAUUAUUGAUUCGUGCAGGUUCGAUUCUUCCAGCACAGGAACCGGGUGUAACAACGACAGAGAGCAGAAAAAACAAUUUUGAAUUAAUAGUAACAUUGAAUGAAACUAAAAAUGCUAUAGGAGAAUUGUAUUGGGACGAUGGAGAUAGUUUAGAUUCCAUAAAAAAGAAAGAGUAUUUGUGGCUGUCUUUCAUUGCAAAUCAAUCAAGUUUAUUGAAUAUGGAAAUGGAUAAAGGUUCUUUUAAUGAAGAGGUAAUACUGGGAACAGUACAGAUUUUUGGAUUACGACCAGUCAUCACAGUGUUCCUAAACAACAAUGAGAUAGGAUUUUCAUUUAAUCUUUCUACAUCGAGCUUACAUAUUACUGGUUUACAAGUGGAUAUGAGACAACCAUUUAUAUUUAACUGGAUAUUUGAAGAAUCUAUUUUCAAUAUUAAUUAUACGUAAAUUUUUUGAUCGCGGAAAGUGAUGUUGACGAAGAAAGAAAACCAGCGAAUAAAGAAACGUAUUUAUUCAAAUUGUCUUCUCCCACACAUCGCACAUUAUAUUAAUGUACAAAUAUGACUACGUUUAGUUUAUGGCACUAAAGAAAAACAAUAAGUAGCAUCCCGAUUUCAUUGAUGCCGAAAAGAAAAUGUGAUUCGAAUAUUAAUUUCCGUGAUCUUACGCGAAAAAAAAUAAAAUUCGCAAAAGACAAUCAUUCUCGAGAGCGCUAUUUACUUGAUUUGGCACCAUAACUCAAAAUCAUCGAGUUAGUGGAUUUCGUUGUGAGAAGCUACGCUUCCUGUCGACCAUUCGAAAUGGCUCUUCUCCGACCUCGAUCUAUAUUCAAAGUGCACUCCGACCCGCAUUUGCAUCCACAACCGAAGUAUAGAUUUCGAUCUUUCGAAUAAAUUUGAAAAUGCUAAGUCACUGCGUACGCCAAUAUAUUCGGGUUCAUGUUAAUACAUUAAGGUGCGUCACACGUUACUCAUAUCGCUCCCUUACUUUUCUCUUAUUUUACAGGCGCAAAAUAUACCUCGGUACCUACAAUAAUAAAAUUGAAAUAAUAUAAAACGUAACGAUACAUACGAUAUAUUUGGCAAUGAAAGGAACAAAGUCUUUGGAUUAUUCUUGCGCGCCGAAAAGAAAGCUCAGAAAACAAAUUUCUUUUCAAGCAACAGCUUCAAGUAUUGCAAACGAUUAUAUCGCACAAAAUAGCACCUCCGAUUGCAAUAUUUUUUACUAUUUUUAUCCAAACGCACGAUUGAGAAAUAUCCUCAUGGUACGUCGAGGAAAGGAACUUUGCGUAUAAGAAUACCAAGUCAAUUUUGAUUUUAUGCACUAGCAAAAACGUCUUCGUCUAUAAAAAGAAUUAUUUGCAUCAAUCUAACAUUACAGUAAAUUUAUAUUACUGUAAAAUUCGACUCUCGUUCAUCGAGGUAAAAUAAAUUGCUAUUACUUUUCUGGAAUUUAGCAUCUUUAGAAUCAAUUAAAAAAAAAAAAAAUAUGUUCCUCUCCCCUCGCGGCUCCAUCAGCAUAUAUUCAUCUAAUACCAAUAUAUAUAUGUAUAUAAGUAUAUAUAUGUGUGUGUAUAUGGAUAUAAUAUAUAUCUUUCUUCUCUUCAAUGACUAAUAUAUACUAAACUUGCAACCUUCGUUCAUUAUUGUCUGCUCACAUUUACUAUGACUAUCUAAAAUGAUGGCACGCCAACAUGUUUACUCAUCCGCGGCCAAUCAAGCCCUCAGUUACGCGCGAGUGCAUGUAUAAGUGAGAUAAAUAACGAAUAAUAGUAUCAACUACAACGGGAACGUCGCGCAGGACUGUCGAAUAUCAAUUUUCCGCGGACGCGUCCGUGAACACAUUUAUAUAUAACAAAA